AAACUCACAAAAUCUCCAUUGAACUUUCACCAUGAAGCUUGUCUGGUCGCCUGAAACCGCCUCUGAAGCCUACAUCAACACCGUUAGAUCUUGUAAGAGCUACAAAGAAUCAGGAGUGGCGGAGUUUCUAUCAGCUACGGCCGCCGGAUGGAACGCUAGGCUAAUCGUUGAGACAUGGUCACGUGGCGAUCCACUCGCGACUAGCGUAGGACUCGCGGUUGCUGCUAGUCACACUUGCGGUAGACACGUGUGUAUAGUACCAGAUGAGCAGUCGAGACUGGAGUACGUGUCGGCCAUGAGAGGAAUCGUUACGACGGAAGCUACGGAGGUUGUGGUGGUCGGAGAAUCUGUUGAGAACACGAUGGAGGAGUUUCCCGGCGUGGACUUCUUGGUAGUCGACUCGAAGCGGCGAGAGUUCGUCAAAACGCUGAGGUUUGCGAAAUUGAGUAACAAAGGUGCGGUUUUGGUGUGUAAAAACGCUGCGCAGAGAGCGAUAUCUGGGUUUAAAUGGCACGAUGUGUUGAAAACAGGAACACGUGUGGUGAGAUCAGUGUUUUUACCUGUUGGGAGUGGGUUGGACAUGGUACACGUGGGAGCUGCUGGUGGAAACCAGCGUGGUGACUCGAGGAAGCAUCCUAGCCGUUGGAUUAGACAUGUGGAUCAUCUGUCGGGAGAGGAGCAUUUGUUCAGACGCUUAAAUUGAGAUAUCCUCUUUUACCCCUUUGCGAGUCCUAUGAUGUAUAUACGUUACAUGACAAAAAAAAAUAAUCUCCCAUAAUC